AUUAAUAAUAAUUGUUAUGAUAUAUAUUUUAAUUUUUAACCUAUUGUACUUAAUAGUCUAACGUCAGUCUCUAAGCCCAAGGUACUUAUUAGUUAUUACUUAGGUGGAGCCUCACAGGAUGCAGACUAUGGUCCUUACUUAACACUUAUUAGUUAUUACUAGAUAUAAUAAUUAAUUGAUCUUUUUUGUGCUUCGUUUAACACUUCUUCACUUCUCAGGUCAAGUGACGAGACUCGAGAAUAACGUGAUCUAGUGAUUAUUGAAUAAGUCCUUAAGUUAUAACCAGGUUCUUUUAGUAAGUCUUGUUUCAUUCCUUUAAUGCUUGUUCGUGUUUUCUGUGUCUUAUCAACAUCGAUGGUGUAUCAUACAAAAUUUUAAAUAACGACAAGACCACCAAAAACAUGUUUUCUAGAAAAAUACUGUUUUUUAAAAACGUUAUACAGCCGUCAGUAAUCAGAACUUAUAGAAACGUAAAGGCAAAACCCGACAGAAAAUUCAAGAACAAUGAUGUCAAAGGUAACCCUGGAGGAAAUCGUAUGUUGGCCAUGGUUCUGGAUGGUGAAACUCCUGACAUAUCUAAUGUGACAUUAGAAGACAUUGAAGAUGGUGACAAUGAUAUGCUCAAUUCACAUUUGUUUUAUGAUCAGCACAUGAAGGAAAUUAAAAAGCAAAAACAAUUUAAAUCAUUUCAGAAUAUUAAACGAAAAUAUUUCAAAAAUAAUAUAGUGCAACCUAAUUUUUUAACAUACUUUGAAAAACAACAAAUAAAAACUUUACAUGAUAAAUCGCCUAAAGAAUGGAAUCCUCAAACGUUAUCAACAUGCUUUCCAGCAUCACCAGAAGUUAUUAUUAAAAUAUUGAAAUCUAAAUGGGUAUCAGAUGAAGGCCAAAAAAUAUUAAGGCAUGAUAAAUUAGUACAGCAAAAUUGGGAAAGUUUUCGUAACGGACUUUUUAAAGAUAUUUUAUCUGAUGAAUUAAAAAAUCACUUGGCAAAAUUUUCAGAUCGACGACCUACAUUAAUUACCCUAGAACAAGCUGAAGCUCAUAUUCCUAAACUAGCUGCAGAUUAUUUAAAACCCCGGGAAUUUGGACAAAUAAUAACUAGUUACCUUGGUGAACCUAAAAAUCCAAUUAAUGAACCAAUUCAAAUUGAAGCUAAAGAUAAACCAAACAUUGAGAUGAUUUAUGAAAACGACACAAAAACUAAAAGUAGGAAUAGACAUUUUACAUUAGAUGAAUUUAAAAAUGAUUCACGAGAAGAAGACUCUUUUUCAUUUUAUACUACACCACAAAUAUUGUCGACAAAUAACAAAAGUGUAGAUGUAGAAAAAGUUGAAGCUAGUUUACAAGAGAAUACAAGAAUUAUUUCACGCAAAGAAGUUUCUAAUUAUAUUGAUACAAUAAAUGAUUAUCCACUUGCUAUUCGAAUACCCAAAAGAGUUUGGAAAGAAGGAUAUGUAUAUAGAGUUAAUGAUUGUUUUUAUGAUGAUAAUGGAGACUUUUUAUAUAGAGUUCCUGGUUUAGUUAAAGAUGAAGAUGGACAACAAGAGCAAUAAUAAUAUUUCAUUGAUUUGAUUUAUAAUUAUGUUUUUAAUAUUGAUAUAAAUAUAUAUUUA